ACUUAUUCAGGUGACGGUACCUAUUACGAUGUUGGACUUGGUUCGUGUGGAUCGACCGAUAGCAAUAGUGACUAUGUCGCCGCAUUAAAUGCUCCUCAAAUGGCCAACGGUGCGAAUCCAAAUAAAAAUCCUCAGUGCGGUAAGCGAAUCAAAGUAGUCAAUCCUGCCAACCAGAAAUCUGUUACGGUGACCAUUGUGGAUACUUGCCCUCCUUGUGCUUUUGGAAGUGUGGAUUUGAGUCCUUCCGCCUUUGAUGAGAUUGCUGAUUUGUCACUAGGUCGUAUUCCUAUUGAAUGGUCCUAU